UAACUCUUCGUUUGACAAUUCAAUCGUCCAGCUUCUUCUCAUGUCUUACCUAGUUUUGCUAUACAGUAAUUUGCUUUAAUUCUUGUCCUUCCAAAAAACGCAACAAACUAUACUGUACAAUAAUCGUAGCUUUUCGCUCUUGUUGCUGCAACGCCUUGAAUGUGAAGAAACCCACAGGCGAUUCUUCUUCUUUUUCUUGAGAACUUUCUUAGUUAUGGCUUUUCUCGUGAAUGUCGUCGCGUUUUUCUUGAUAUUUUGUUCCUGAGAGGAGAAACCCAGUUUUCCAGAGUUGAUUGAUAAGCCCUUUUUUUUUGCUCCACUGAAUUUGUUGUAUGGGUACUUCGUGAGAUUCGAAGUUGAACUCCACUGAAAUUCUUGCUCUGUGCAAAAAGGAUGCUUGAUGGAGGGAUGGCCAUGCCCUUAUAUACACUGAAUUCCCCAGCACCUAUUCGAGGAAAUGCCAACAAGACCACUACUAGCUUUAGGAGGAGAUUAGACCUGUAUUCAGCUGUACGGAUUUCCUCUGUUCUUCAAACUGAUGAGAACGACAACUUACCAGCAUCCAAGAAGAUAUCAAGUACAGGAAAAUCGCUGUCAAGAAGUCGAACCCCCAGACCCCUCCUUGGCCCGCCAAAUACUGUGGGUGUCAUAGGAGGAGUCUCGGUCUUUUCUACUCUACUUUUCUUGGAAAAGCUCGUCUGGUGGAGUUUUAAGGAUGGACAAGAGAGCAUACCUUUUGUAGUCUGCAGUGAUUCUACAUUAGACAAAGGGCUUCCCCCUCUUACUUCAUUGAGUACAUUCAGCACAAAUUCUUCUCAACAUGGCCAUAAUGAUGCUCCGAUAAUCGAGAAUUUCAAGCGGAAAAGGGUGUUUCUUGAGCAGUCCGGAGCUCAGUGCCUAAUCACGCCUUGCCACAUUUCACAUAGGUGGCUUAAUGACAAAUCUGAGAGCUGCAGAUUACCUUUCAUUCAUGUGGGAGAUUGUGUUGCUAGGGAGCUGAAAGAGGCUAAUCUUAAGCCACUUGAGGCAGGGAGCAAUGUCCGGAUUGGGUUGCUUGCCACUGAUACAUCAACAGCAGCUAAUUUUUACAAUGAGAGGCUACAGAAUCAGGGCUUUGAUGUUGUCUUGCCGGAUGAAGCAACCAUGGACCAUAUAGUAGUUCCUGCAGUUGAAGCUUUGAACAAAAGGGAUCUGGAAGGAGCAAGAAAUCUGUUGAGAAUUGCUGUCCAUGUUCUCCUGGUAAGGGCUGCGAACAUGGUAAUACUUGUUUCUGACGAAUUUCUUAAUCUUCUUCCUCCUGAUGACCCUCUUCUGAAAAAAUGUAUUGAUCCCAUGGAUGCAUUAGCCAGGGCAGCCAUUAAAUGGUCUAGAUCUACAGACAAUUUACAUGAGAGAACUUAGGCUUUACCUCUCUUGGUGCAUAAGCUUCAUAAUUUAUGUAUUCAAAAUUUCAGAGAUAAGAAAUUGGAGCAAUCAACUGUUGUGUAUUAGGAUA